CCGUCAACAAACCUUAAAAACUGGAGUAAACUGAUCUCUCCAUGAAAAUGCUCAGUGAUUAUGAAUUAUUCAAGCAGCUCUGUCAUAAACGUAACAUCACGGUACAGCCGGACAUUCUGGGGGCUGUGGAAAACGCAAGUUCAACUGGCAUUCUCCAUCUCCCCUGUCAAUCAAUAGUCCUACCAGUCUGCGAGGUUCUGGGUCGAGUCCUCUCCUCCUCCUCGAUAAUUCGCUCUGUGGACCUGAGCGACUGUAUGCUGAUCUCCAAAGGCCUCAGUAGAAUACUGGACGCUCUCAUCUCGGGCUCGAACCUCACUUCCCUCAACCUAAAAGGCAACAACAUCACAGGCCCCAUCGUCUCCCAGCUAGGCGAGAUUUUCCAUCGAAAUAACACCCUCAGGAGCUUGAACAUCGAGUGGAAUAGUCUAGGAACGGACACCGAGUGCUUCGCCACCUUCUGCGAAGGUCUCUCCUCCAACAACAGCCUAGAAGAACUCGAUCUGCGUUACAAUCAGAUAUCUCCAUUGUGCACGGCGGCCCUCAGCAAGGCCUUGACACGAAAUAAAUCCCUGAAGAUCCUUAACUUGGGUAGGAACAACCUGGGGAUCCAGGGGGGUCAGGCGAUCCUCUCGUCUAUGAGGGAAAACACUAGUCUUAUCAAGCUGAACUUGCGGGGCAAUUGCAUUCCCGAGGAGAUCCUCGCGAUGAUCGAGGAUUUGACACUUAAAAAUCAAAAUCGAGAGAUCCAGUCGCUAUCCAACAUCUCCAGGUCUCUUCAGGGUCACAAACUUCUGGUUCUCCACGAGAACCAUCACAUGUACUCGUCAACGAGUGAAGAAUCUGUGGAGAAGGAUAUAAUCCUGAAGAGAAAGAAAGUGAAACAGAAACACAGAAUAUCCGGAUGGAAGGGUGAGUCAACUCCUUUGAAAAACCAUCAAGAUGAUCCGAAAAAUCCUGAGGACAACUCCAAUGAAUCGAUCCUGUCCUUGAACAUAAUCGGGGAACAGUCGAGACCUUCUGAAUCGGGGAAUUAUCCCGCGGAGAUUCCCAUGAAUAAACCUGACUCAGAAAUAUCCAAGAUCACUGAGCUAAACAGAAUGCUCCAGGAACGAACCACAGUAAUAGGCACUCUGAUGAAGAAGGUCUCCACCAAGGAUGAAGAGAUCAAAGCCAUGAAGUUGUUGAUGCAUCAGCUGGAGGAGAAAGUGCUCGAGGCACAGACAAACAAUAAAAAGAUGAUCGAGGAGAAGGCGCGUGAGAUCGAGGGAAUAAAGGAGAGCCAGAGGGCGAGUGAAGAGGCCUGGAGAAGAGUACAAAGACAACUGGAGGAUAAUCAGAACGACCAUGAGGAGAGGAGUAAAGAGUGGGAAGCGAAGGUAAGGCGAUAUGAGGGGGAUGUUCAGAGGAGUUCUGCAGCACUCCUGGGAUUGAGAGAGAGAUUUUUAAACAAGUCACACCAGUAUGAGGAGAUCAUAUCGAAUUGUAAGACUGAAGUUCACAAGGCGAAGGGGGAACUGAAGGAGAGGGUCAACAAACACAAGAUUGAGAUGAAUGUACUGAAGAGGACAUUAAAGGAGACAACAGAAGCCCUUGAGGAAUGCCAGGUACAGCUCCAGAAGAGCAGGGUGGAACUCAGAGAGGUGCAGGAUAAUUUAUCUAAUGUUAAGUCAAAGGUUAGUGAGAUGGAGGGGGUGAGUGGGAAGUACCUCAGGUUGGAGGAGACUUUUCAAAAACUAAAAGAGGAGAAGAUUAUCGUGGAGGAGAAAUUUAUCGAGUCCCAGAGGACAAUAGCGAGUUUGAAGAGGCAGGUGGGAUCAUUGGAGACUGAGCUCAUUGAGCCUCAGAGGAAGUACAAUUUGCUGAAGGAGGAGUUGGAGACUGAGAGAGAAAAGACUGCGAGGCUGAGGGAAGAGCUGAUGGGCGAAAGGGGGCGACUGAAGGAGCAGGAUUCCCAGGUGCAGAAGAUGGGCCAACAGAUCAGUGGACUCAAUGAGCAGAUACGUGAGACUCAGAAGAGGUAUGCUGAGGAGACUAAGGAGAGGGAGAAAGAGAGGAAGCAGUUGAAGGAGAUUAUUGCCAGCAGGGAUCGAGAUUUGAGGGAAAUCAAAGCUGAGGAGGCUCAAAGGGCUGGACAGCUUUAUGCUGCUUUUACCAAGUAUCUUGGUUCUAUUGGAUCCACUACGCCAUUAUGAUGUUAUUCAUCAACACUUGUAAAUAUGGAUUUUGUAAUUAUUUAUUUCUAUUUGUACUUUAUUUAUUAGAGAAAAUAAACACAAAUUUUUUUAGAGAA